UCUCAGGUCAGUGCAGAGAGUCAGCGCGCGCAUCGAGGACAUCCUAAGAGCGAACUUUUAGUGAGAAAAGAAAAAAAAAAAUGCCAAAAGAUUAUUUGAACGAAUAUGAGCCCCUGCUCACGAAAGGAGGCAAAGAACCAAAGACUUUAAAGUUUUUCUGUUUCCAGUUCCCAAACAAAUUUCUGCUGCUGGCUAUGUUUGCAACAUGCAUAGGAGGCACAUUUCAGUGCGGAUAUAAUAUCUCCAUCAUCAAUGCGCCCACUAAGUAUGUGCAAGACUUCAUUAACCAAACCUGGAGGCAGCGUUACCAAACAGAGAUAACAAAAGAUGGGCUCACUCUGCUUUGGUCCACCAUUGUGUCUAUUUUUACCUUAGGGGGAUUUAUAGGAGUGUCAAUUGGUGGGACUUUGUCUGUAAAGCUUGGGAGGAGAGGGACGCUACUUACCAAUAAUGUGUUUUCACUGGUUGCUGCUAUGCUGAUGGGCCUGAGCUCCACUGCAGGAUCGUUUGAGUUGCUCAUCAUUGGACGUCUCCUCAUUGGAAUCAAUGCAGGUAUUGCUCUAUGUGUUGAGCCUAUGUUCUUGGGGGAAAUAGCUCCAACAUCUUUACGUGGUGCCAUGGGAACAGGCUCCUCCAUUUUUCUGACCGGUGGCAUCUUAUCUGGACAAGUGAUGGGCCUCAAAGAAGUGCUUGGUAAAGCACAGUACUGGCCCCUCCUGCUCUCCACCACAUGUAUCCCAGCAUUACUUCAGCUACAGUUGCUUCCUUGGUUCCCUGAGAGUCCACGCUUUCUGCUUAUUGAUAAAGAGGAUGAAGAGAAAUGUAAAAAAGCUCUGAAUCAGCUGCAUGGCUUUUCAGGCUCUCAUAGUGUGCUGGAGGACAUCCAGCGGGAGAAGAACAAUUUGGUUGGUUUCAAGGCCAAGAAACCCUGGGAACUUUUUGCAGAUCGCAGUGUACGCUGGCAGGUCAUCACAAUCAUAGUGCUCAACGCAGCACAACAGCUGAAUGGUGUUAAUGCAAUGUACUUCUAUGCUGAUUAUUUGUUUCGACAAGCCGGAAUCUCAGAUGAUAAUAUACCUUAUGCUACCGUCGGUACAGGUGCCUGUGAAUGUCUCACUGCAUUAACAUGUGGAAUGCUGGUGGAAUCUCUGGGAAGGAAAAUACUCAUAUCAGGAGGAUACAUACUGAUGAGUAUCUGCUGCAUUUUGUUCACAGUGACACUCGCUCUGCAGGAUUUCAGUCCAGUUUUCCCUUACCUAAGUGUGGCCUGUGUUUUUGCUUUUGUCUUAAGUUUUGGUUUGGGACCAGGUGGCGUUACAAACAUCUUAACCACAGAGAUGUUCAAGCAAACCACACGGCCUGCAGCAUUUAUGAUCGCAGGAUCUGUGAACUGGCUCAGCUUCUUCUUUAUUGGCCUGCUCUUCCCUUUUAUUGUGAUUGGGCUGCAGCACUAUUGCUUCCUGGUUUUCUUCGUUGUCUGCCUCUCAGUAGGAAUAUACAUCGUUCUUGUUCUCCCUGAAACCAAAAACAAAAGUUUUGUGGAAAUCCAGAAAGAGUUCCAGUCCAGAAGGAAUAAAGAGACCAACUCUGAAGAAGCAGAUGCUUUAAUUAUAUCAACCUCUUUUUGAUGCGCCUCUGGUUCAACAAUGGAGCC